CUCUCCACCGUUAAUGCCAUUUUCAUAAGAUAUUUCGCACAAUCUGUCACCACCCACCAUAAAUCAUCGUAUUUUGGAACUUGUGCAACCCUGAAAAGAAAUCUGGAUUCAAAGACUCACCUUCAUGACUUUAGGCUUAUGACAAUUAUUCAUUUUAGCUAUAUGCUUUUACCACUUUACAUUUUCCUCUGAUUCUCUUACUUUUGCUUAGUUUCAGAUAUGGAGGGCGCAAAGGCCAAACCUCACGCAGUGAUAUUAUCAAGCCCUGGCCUAGGUCAUCUUAUCCCGGUCCUGGAACUUGGAAGGCACCUGGUUACUGCCCAUGAUUCCAAGGUAACGAUCUUUGUUGUUUCCUCAGGAACAUCAGCGGCAGAGUCACAGGUCAUUGAGUCAUCCAUGAGCCUGAAGCUCUGUGAAGUCAUCGUGCUCCCACCACCCAAUAUCUCUGACCUUGUUGAUGCUGACGCUGCUGUGUUUACACGAAUAGCAGUUCUUAUGCGGGAAAUUAGACCAGCUUUUUCAUCUGCUAUGUCUUCUUUGAGAUUCCCUCCAACUGUUCUCAUAGUUGAUUUCUUCGGAAAUGAAUCUUUAGAGAUCGCUGAUGAAUUUAAAAUUCCAAAGUUCGUUUAUGUCCCAUCGCAUGCAUGGUUUCUUGCGCUGACUAUAUAUCUUCCAAUAUUACAUGAGGCUGUGAACGGAGAGUAUGUUGAUGAAAAGGAAGGUCUGUUUAUCCCUGGAUGCAGGCCAGUUCAACCUGAAGAAGUAGUCGAUCCAAUGCUGUCCCGAUCUGAUCAGCAGUACUUAGAAUAUUUAAGUAUGGCCAUCAAAAUUUCGAAGUCUGAUGGGAUUUUGGUUAACACAUGGGAGGAACUGGAGCCUGCAACGCUUGCUGCUUUAAGGGAUGAUAAGCUCUGGGGUCGUAUCAGCAAGGCACCAAUCUAUCCAGUUGGGCCAAUAACAAAACAAACCAGACCAAUUGACUCAAACAAAAAGUUAUUUGAGUGGUUAGACAAGCAACCGAGUGAAUCUGUGCUUUUCGUAUCAUUUGGAAGUGGAGGGGUGCUGUCAAAGGAGCAAAUGAGGGAGUUGGCUUGGGGUUUAGAGCUAAGCCAACAGAGGUUCAUUUGGGUAGUUAGAACACCGGCUGUAAAAUCCGGUGAUGGGUCAUUUUUCACAGUUGGAAAUGGCAACAAUGACAUACCAAGCUAUUUGCCCGAAGGAUUCUUGGACCGGACCAAUAAUGUUGGGUUGGUAAUCUCAGAUUGGGCUCCACAAGUAGAAAUUUUAAGCCAUUCAGCUGUUGGGGGAUUUUUCUCCCAUUGUGGGUGGAAUUCAACCUUAGAAAGUAUCAUUAAUGAAGUGCCCUUAAUAGCUUGGCCCCUAUAUGCAGAGCAGAAAAUGAGUGCUACAUUGUUGGUAGAAGAUCUGAGAAUAGCUCUGCGAUCGAAAACAUUGCCAUCAAAGGGAAUUGUGGAGAGGGAGGAGAUAAAAAUGUUGGUGAAAAGGAUUAUGGUGGAUGAGGAAGGGCAUGCAAUCAGGGCUAGAGUCAAGGAACUAAAAUUGAGUGCAAAAAAAGCUUGGAAUGAGAAUGGUUCUUCUAAAGCACUGGCUCAAGUAUUGUGUUAAUGUUUUCUGUAUCAGUUUAGUUGUAUUUGCAUUUGUCUCUCAAAAAAAUUGUACUACCCCUUAUGUAUGAGACGAAUAGUCCACUUUAUUUUAAUUUUGAUUUAGCCUAGCUAGCCCAUUGCGUAGAAAUUUAGAACCUAAAUUAACCCAUUAAUUUCAAUUCUCCAGCCAGUUAUAAGAAUUUCAGGGGAAGGGAAUGCCUAACCCAAAUAUAUAGCCAAACAUAAAGUUAGCCACUGAAA